UAUCGAUUCAUCGAUCGCAGAGUUAUCGUUUUGCCUUCUUUCCGUUGCGUCCGUCUUUUCUCCUCUUCGCGUGAUUUUUGCGCAGCGAUCAAGUUUAAAGUUUGAAGAAAACAUAAUAUUCUGCAAUAAAAAUAUCAAGUCCGUUGGAUUUCUGAGUGUUUUGGGCAGUCCGAUCAUAUUAUAUCCGUGGAAAUUCUUGUUCUCGAAUUGACCGAUUUGUAAUUGUGAGGAUGAAUACCGUUUCUGCUGAUAUAUAUUGUGCAGUUUGCGGCACUUCCAGUGUAUUUUUGUGCGAGCGAUGCCAGGAGCCGUAUUGCAGCAGAGAAUGUCAAAACGCGGAUUGGCGACGCCACAAAUUUUACUGCAUCCCCAUGCCUGUGUUGGUGCCGAACAAAUAUGCGCAGGGCUUGCAAGAACAUCCACUGGUCAGUCCGAAGAUUGAGAAUCCAUCAAAUAAUAAAGAAGCGGCGUUCGUCUCCAAGCCAGUCAAGAGCAUAGAAUCGGCGUCAUCCGUGGACUCUCUGACUACCGCCAUAGUGAAAGAGAAAAAGGAACUGUCUUCUGUGUGGCGUGAGACAUUUCUGCCGCCGCAAAACGACUUCUUCGAGUGCCGUGUGACGUACAUGAAGUCUGACGGCGUCCUCUGCGUGGUGGAUGUGGCCAAUAUUGAGCUCAUGGAGCGUUUCAACGAGAACAUGCAGCGCGUCAAGCCAAAGCUUUCCCGAGCAAAAUGUGUUGAGGAGGACUCGCUGGUUGUGGUCCAAGGCGAAAAAAAACUCCAUCGGGGACAGGUGCUCUCUAUGGACCGGAAGUCUGAGACUGCGCAGAUUUAUCUGAUAGAUCAUGGGUCCGUGGUCACUUCUUCUGUGCAGGAAAUCUACGAUCCGGUUUCUCGCAUCGCAGAUAAAAAAGCGUUUGCGAUUCAGGUGAAGCUGCUGUCGAACACGGGCGUGCAGACCAACAAGCAUCUAACGCUGCGCUUACUGGGCCCCAAAACCCAGGAAGGCAUCUACUCUGUUCAGCUGAAGCCCAAAAUGACGAUUCCGCUCAAUUUGCCGAUUGAGCUGCUGCAGAUGAGCCCGGAGGUGACUGUGGCCAGGAUCCUUGAAGGUUGUCUGCAGCGCGACGAGAAGCCAGCUGCCCUGCUCCAAAUAUCAACGAUCAACCAGAUCAAUGACGCCAUGGAUGACAAACUGAACGGCAAACCAGACGAGCAGCAGCCAAUCUCUCUCAGCCAAUUAGACACGUGCACAACAAUAUUUCUGGCCGCUUACACCAAGCAGGGCUACCGACGUGCUUUUCUGCUAGACUUGAUUGACGCGCCGCCCAAGCGUACUUUCCUGGUGUACGAGAUGGACGAGGGUCGCAUCUCCAUUACCACUGACGUGCGCCGCAUUCCCAGCGAGCUGCUUGGUCAUCCCAUUCAGACAUUUGCCAUGAAGCUGAACGACGAAAUGCAACAGCCGCCGCUGGAGCAACUGGUGGAGGACAAUGGUCCCGAUUUUACUGUCAAACUACGCCUGAAGAGCAUCCAAGGCCAGGAAAAGGUGCGGAAGGCCAGUGCCGCCUUGCUGUCCAAAGGAAAGCAGCUGGGCGAAGUGGAGCUGACAACGUUCAUGGGUGAUGUGUCCUGUUUGGGCCACAAGUACUGGCGUGAGACGAUUAAGAACGGCACCAUGGUUCGCAUAACCUACAAUGUCGGCUACAAGCAAGUCUUCAUCAGCUCCAUGGAGACCCUGAAAUAUGCAAGCCUCUUUAAGCGCAUGGAAAAGAAGUGCAAACCCUUCGAGCAGUCGGACCAGAUCACGAUUGGCUCCAUUGUGCUUGUGGCGAGUCCCAAACUGGGAUACUUCCGUGGCGAGAUAUCUGGUGAGGCGAACGACCUCUUCCAUGUGUACAACAUUGAUACGGGCGAAACACACCAGGUGGAAGCGCAGUUCCUGCGCAUGUCCUGUCGAUUUCUGCGCGACAUGCCCGUAAGCCUGUCGUGCGUCAAACUAAAGUCAGUGUGCGAUAUUCCGGAAUGUGCAGUGAACCCAAUCAAUGCAGGGUGUCAACUGAUGAAGGAGAUCAUUACCGAUAACGUUCAAUUUCGCGUCGAGUUUGUUGGCUCAAGCACUGAAGUCGUGGACUUGUAUUUUUGCUCGGGCGAGCAGACUUCGCUGACUCUUCGAAUGCUGCCGCUGAUGUUUAAGCCCGUUUCGAUGUACUCCCUGGAAGUAGCUGCUUCAGAUCCAGCUCCUGCUUCUGCUCCUGCACCGGCUGCGGCUGCGGUUUCUGCUUCAGCAGCUAUACCAGAAGGACUCAAGGACAAGACGACGCCUCCAGCUGCGUCAGAAACGGUUGAAGACCUUCCACCUUUGCCGCCAUCGCCCCCAGUUUCCCCCGCAAUCGAGACUAAAGGGGCAGAAACACUCGAACGUUUCUAUUACAAAGACGUGCCAAAGAUUCUUAUUCCACUGGGCAAACGCGUCAAUGCGUUCCUCCUGAAUGGAUCGGGACUCCAUCAGACUGGUGCUAUCACCGCCUGUCACUUUAAAGACGUGACUGAGGCCGAAAGCUAUCAGAAAUUGUUUUAUUUAGUUGAUAGCCUUGGAAAGUGUUCGUACCCAGACCUUAUCGACUAUGUGCCUUGUAUUGACGAAAUGGUCCUGGCCGUGUUCAGCGAGGAUAAUAAUUGGUAUCGCGGCGUUUGUGAGGAGAUCCUCGGCGAUAAGGCUCGCAUUUUCUUCUGUGACUAUGGCAACCACGAGCUGGUUUCUAUGAAAAAACUCAAGCCCCUGAGCUCCAAUUUGAUGCAGGGCAUAAAUGCGACCAAGUGCUACAUUGAGGGUUUCGACAACUCGGAAAAGUUCAGUCUUUGGGAGAAGCAUAUUAAGACGGAAUUUAAUAUUCUGUGCAACGUCGAGGAAGGCCCCGACUCCUACUCGCGUACCCUUACCAUACUCGAUCUGGACAAGAUCGUGUCCCAAAACACUUCUUAAAUCGUUCUCUAGUUUUACCUUAAGACAACAGGGAUCGCGUUCCUUCAUUAUCAUCCCUAGUAAUAAGUGUUAAGUACACCCAUGUGUACUUUCAAAAAUGUUUUUGAAAACAUUCGUUUUUCUUUUUUUGUUGACUUGGCAGGUCCUACGUAGACGAUCAUUUAAUACAUAUAUCAAUAGAUACUUCGAUACAUUCCACAA